GGCCCGUCUACGUCCCAUGACCUUGGAUGAGGGAGGAAGGGAUGGUAUAAAGGCGACUGCGAGACGGUCGUCGCGCGUGCAGACGGACGCCUGCGUCAACUCUUUGGUUAUCUUCUGACGGCGUUAUCUCCGACAAACCUGAGCGACCUGCUCUGUGACUAACGGUCAUCCAGCUCGUGUUUCUCGCUAGGUCUGCGCAAGGCAAACCUUGACUAUGCUCGCUAUGCUCUCUUCUCUCGCUGUCUCUGGCGCUUUCCUCUGCCUCGCCAGACCAUCCCUCGCAUCCCUUUCCCCCAAUACAAUCACCAAUCUCGUCACCUUCGGAGACUCUUACACUGACGUGCAGAAUGUCGGCGACGGCGGCAUCGCAUGGCCGGAAUACGCCGUCCAGUACGCCAGCGACGCGUCGAACUCAACCGUUACCCUAUACCCAUUCGCGCGCUCCGGCGCGACGUGCUCGAAUAAAAUUACCUACCGGCCAUUCCCGUCGCUCUUCGAGAGCCAGCUGCCAGCGUACUAUGCUGGACUGGAUAACGGGACGGUCCCAUCCGACGUUGAUGCGGAGAAGACGCUGUUCACGCUCUGGAUUGGGACAAACGACGUGGGGUCGAACGCGCUGUUGACGGGGCCCACGCGGCUGGAGGAUAAGAGCUCGAAUUCGACUGUCCCUUCGGAUGCGACGAUUGUGGAUACGGUGGGGUGUGCGGUGGAUUGGGUACAGGAGCUGUAUGACCAUGGGGCUAGGAAUUUCUUGUUCCAAAAUAUGAUCCCACUGGAGACGGUUCCGACGUACUCACCAAAUGCGUAUCCGACCAAGUUCUGGACGGCACCGAAGAAUGCGACCGAAUGGAGUGUGUUCAUGCGAGAAUUGACGACGUCGGGGAACAAAAUCGCAGAGCUGCUGCUCAAGCAGCUGGCGCCGAAGCUGGAUGGGGCGCACGUCGGCCUCUUCGACUCUCAUUCUCUCUUCGCCGAUAUGUACGCUAACCCGGCGGACUACCUGAAUGGCACUGCACCGUUCAACGUCACCGGCGCGGUCCAUGCUUGCGUGUUCGAGGUGGGAGAAUCGACGAGCGAUCCUGGAGACUGCACGACCGUUGAGGGGACGGACAGGGAUAGCUACCUCUGGUUCGACGAGCUACAUCCGAGCGAGCAGGCAGACCGCGAGGUGGCAAAGCAGAUAUCUGAAGUAAUCCUGGGCGAGGAGAACAAGUGGACGACGUGGCUCAGUUAAAUGACUGGCAAUACACGCUCGCAGCUCCUGCUGUACACUAGUCCUGGGAUGGCCGGCACGCCGUGCAUAGUCGCCGUCGCGGCGACUGAGGCGGUCUCGCCGGCCGGUGUAGGGGUAUAUAAGAGGCAGCGUCACAAGGGAAAAGGCAUUUCUUCAUGACCGAAGAGGAGCUCAUAUCCGCGCCAUGUCCGCUGAUGUCGCGAUCGUCGUUCGAACCACCCACUCUACGUCCACGUUCUCCGACCUUGACUCCUCCCUUCAUGACUGCAGUGAAGAACGCUGUGUCCCUUCCUUGACUGCAGCGAAUACAAUGCCC